AUGUCUUAUCCUAUAACAGUGAAAAAGGGGGUACUGAGAGAAGACAUAGAAUGCGAAAAACUUCUAGAGUUUGUGGAUUGUGAUGAAGAAUUGGCUAAUUCUACUAGGCCUGUGGAGGAAAACGUACAGACCACACGUAAUACAACACUUCAUCAUGCUACACUUGGAUCCGCUCCCAAAGAUGUUUUCAAAAAAUUGCUUCAAAUUGGAUCUGCUAAAUGCCUUAAGAAUUCUGCCGGGGAGACAGCUUAUGAUAUCGGUGUUAAGUCACAGCUCCCUCAAGAUGUACUGGAUCUCAUUAAAAUCGCACAAGAAAUAAAACAGAAACAAAACACUAUAAAGAAAUUUGAAGAGGUAUUACAUAAAGCCAUUAUGGAGAGAGAUGACAAUUUGAUAAAUGACAAUAAACAGGUUCUUCCUCAAGUGGCACUUUUGUUUGAGAAGGGUAGCUUCUUCUACCCUGUUCCAGGGAUGUAUGGUGGAUUCAAGGUUGAGAGAAAUAGAGAAAAUACCAUCCAAGCAUCUAGCUGGAUUAGAGUAUAUGGAGGGAGUGGACAAACGCAUGAAAUUGACAGUGACGGAAAUGUGAAACUGACAGCAGAGGGAUUCUGUUUAUAUGCCAGAGGAUAUAACUCAUUUGUCAACACUUUGAUUCACCUGAGCUAGAGGCUCAAAUGAGCUCUUCUGAUCAAAGUUUUCUUGUGUGUCGGAAACAACCCACUAUAAGGUUUUCUUAUUUCCAUUUUUAUACUAUUUUCAAUGUAUAUAGGAAUCACCUUGUCCAUCUGUCUGUCUGUGCAAACGUGUACGGUCCAUAUCUUUCUUACAGAGGUACAUUAGAUUUUAAUACUUCACACAAAGAUUGCCUAUGUGUCAUGAGCUUGACCCAACGUCAUUUGGGCAGAUUCAAGGUCACUGACAGAAAAAAAGUUCAUAAUUCGUGUCGGGUCAGUAUCCUUCUUAUGGAGAAUAAUGUUGGGAUGUUGGGAGUUUCCACUUCACACAAAGACUGCUUAUGACCUGAGGGUGUGUCGUGAUCUUGACCUAUAAUCACUGUAGAAAAAAUGGAUAAAUAAUGCAUCCAUACUUUCCAAUAGAGAAAUACUUGAAAAAAUGUUAUUUAUUUUUUCAAUGUAAUAGAAACAAUGUUAUUAUUACUAUUGAUGUUUUAUUAGGCUGCUCCUUAGUUUCAUUCAUUAAAAAAAAUAUGAGAAGACAUUACCGAUAAAUUUUCACUCUAAAUGUUUAAAUAAAUUGUGAACACCUCUUCCAGAUCCAUCAAAUACUAGUAUUAGUGACUUGGUACCUUCUUUAAAAUCCCAGCGGGGGUAUUUGUCCAUUUUUAACAGUUCUAGUUUAUUUUUUUCAGAACUGCCUUUGAGACUAUUUCAACCAAACUUGCUAAAUCAAGUAUGUUCAAAGCUUUCUAAUGUACUGUAAAUUCAAGUUUUCAUAUCCUACUCCAUGGCUUUUGAUGGGAACAUGACAGGAGGCUCAAAAUUUGAUAAGACAAUUUUUACAAGGAAUUAUGAAGUUUGAUGGGUGGAACAAGUAUAUUUCAUAAGCAUAACAUUAUGACAAGUGAAAUCAAUGCAUGUGUGCAGUCUUUAAUAUCCAUGAAUAAGGCUUCCAACUCUGUUUGUGUUGCUAGAAGAGGUAUCAUUGCAAAGGACUUUGAACAAUUGUAUUGUUUUACCCCCUACUUCAAAUUAUGAAAAGUUAUCA